CGUGGUGAACACACAGAAAGCAGAUUGUUGUAUGGGAGGACCAGGAACCAGAAGGCCACACGUCUACAUUUUGUAUUAGCAUACACAAUCAAUUCUGAGAGUCCAUGUUGGUCUUGGAUGCAGAAGGAUUUAAAAGAGAUAAGUUUCCACAGGCAGCAGGAGCCUUGCCAUCUACUUCGGCUCUGAAGGCUGGCAGACAAUGGAUGUCAUAGAGACUGCAAAGCUUGAAGGCCGUUUGGAAAAUCAAACCGACGACUCCACCAACACUUACACAAGUCCCCCUGAAGCUGUGGAAGAAGAAAGCAAAAAUGGCAAUGGUAAACCCAAGAGCUUACCCAAUGGCUUACGAAAGGGAGCCAAGAAGUACCCGGACUACAUCCAGAUUUCUAUGCCCCCUGACUCCAGGAGCAAGUUUCCCCUGGAGUGGUGGAAAACCGGCAUUGCCUUUGUGUAUGCACUCUUCAAUCUUGUGCUGACGACGGUCAUGAUCACAGUUGUGCACGAGAGGGUUCCUCCCAAGGAGCUCAGCCCUCCACUCCCAGACAAGUUUUUUGACUACAUCGACCGGGUAAAAUGGGCAUUUUCUGUAUCAGAAAUCAAUGGGAUUGUAUUAGUUGGCUUAUGGAUCGUCCAGUGGCUUUUUCUGAGAUACAAGUCAAUAGUGGGGCGCAGGUUCUUCUUUAUCAUCGGAACUUUAUACCUGUAUCGCUGUAUUACUAUGUAUGUCACUACGUUACCUGUGCCAGGAAUGCACUUCCAGUGUGCUCCGAAGCUCAAUGGAGACUCUCAGGCAAAAAUACAACGGAUUCUCCGGUUGAUUUCUGGCGGUGGACUGUCCAUAACGGGGUCACACAUCCUGUGUGGAGACUUCCUCUUCAGCGGCCAUACGGUGGUGCUCACACUGACCUACUUGUUCAUCAAAGAAUACUCGCCUCGUCACUUCUGGUGGUAUCACUUGGUCUGCUGGUUGCUCAGCGCCGCCGGGAUCAUCUGCAUUCUUGUAGCACAUGAGCACUAUACUGUCGACGUGAUCAUCGCCUAUUACAUCACAACGCGGCUGUUUUGGUGGUACCAUUCCAUGGCCAAUGAGAAGAACUUGAAGGUUUCUUCCCAGACGAAUUUCUUAUCUCGGGCUUGGUGGUUCCCCAUUUUCUAUUUUUUUGAGAAGAAUGUCCAAGGCUCAAUUCCUUGCUGCUUCUCCUGGCCACUGUCCUGGCCCCCUGGCUGCUUCAAGUCAUCGUGUAAAAAGUAUUCACGGGUCCAGAAGAUCGGGGAGGACAACGAGAAGUCUACCUGAGCUGCCAGUGGGGCAGCAGCUUUUACACCAAAAGAGUCCGUGCUGCGACCAAAGGCACAGCUUUAUAUUUAUUUUCAGAGACCUGACUGGUAAAUGAAGUGGACCAAAUUUUGUGCAGAAGAUCAGAGUGAUGAAUGAAGUAUUACCUUUUGGCUUUCUUUCUUUCUUUUUUUUUUUUUUUUAAUUCA